CUGGCGCUGCGGGGGCGACCUGAGGACGCAGGCAGGUUCCCACCUGCUGCGGACCGCCGUGCGGGAGCCCGGAGAGCUCCGGCAGCUGGGUUAGGACGCGACCCGCGCAGCGAGGCUGGAAAUCUAGAGCUGGGGGCGCGCAGCAGGCGGUCUGGUGGUUCGGCAGGGGAGCCAAAUCCACCCGGGAAGGAAACAUCUGGUGGGGAGGCGGCGGCAGCUGCGCUCGGGAGGCCGCCCCCUUAGCGCCCUCGGCUCCCGCCUUCCCGGGCCCGGACGGUGAGGAGAGGCCUGAGCGCGCGGAGGGGCCGCCCCACCUCCCGCGCCAGCUGCAGCACGGGGUUGCCUUCCCACGCGCUCGGCCCAGGCCCCGGGGCCCCUGUCUCUUCCAAACUCUGUCCCUCCCCACAGGAACCAGCAAAGCGGGCCGGGGUGCGAGAGAGGCGUGGGCUUACAGCCCGGGUGGGAAGGCGGCCUCCGCGUCCGCCUGGUCUCUCGUGGCGCCAGCCCAGACCCAGCUCCGGCGCUGACAGUUACCCCGACCCCAUCUGUCCAGCUCCCAGCCAACGUGGGUCCAAGCCGCAGCGGGACCCUCGGGACAACGCCACUCCGUUUUUCUUUUCUUCCGAGUUUCGCGGCUGUUUAAAGAAUUGGGUUUGGGGUUUGUGGCGUCUAAUUGUACGGAUGAGAAGUGCAGGAAGCGGCAAAGCUCUAGCCCUGGGAGUCAACUCGGAGGGAGGCGGAUGGCACUCUCACCCCUAGGGUAUUCGGGCGCUUGGGUAGCAGGAAACGUCGCUGGUGCCCCGCGACACGUCCCAGGCGUCUUUUCUCCCAGGUCUACUCCCAUUCCUCCGGAGAAGGGGACACAAUGGGGCUGGGGAUCUGGGGCAGGGGGCCUGCACCCUACAGGGACCAAGGCCCCUACGUAGGACUCAUUUUGAGCUGAGAGCGCCAACGGACAGACGUAGACUGUGUGGCCGGCAUCUUGCCUAGGAAGCCGAGGGGCUCCUAGUCCGGCAGUGGAAACGGCGCGAAGCCGGAGGACUGCAGGUCUUGCCCCGGCCCAGAGUUCCCAGCACCCUCAUUUCUGAACCAGCCAAGGCCACGGAGAACUGCUGUAUUGCAGCUCACGUGUGAACCAGGUCCCUAUCCGCUUCACCCCGGGAGGAAGGCAGAUUCGUUUACCCCAGACCACCUCGACUGUAGAGUCCCGCCCCUGGAGCCGGCUGGAGCCUAGUGGCAGGCGCAGUCACGCCCUCCCGCCGGGCUCAGAUUUCGACCUGGUAUUAGGUGAACUGAUUGGGGGUUAAUGAGAGCGACGCCCCGGACAGCUAGUCCCCUCCUAGGCCCGGGCCCGACCCCUGCUAUCUGCCAAUGCAGCCUGCGCGCUCUGGCGUCCUGUCUUAUUUGUCUGCUAAAUUAUCGGUGCACUACCGACUCGGGACACCUAGCAUUUCCCAGUCAACGUUCGCGGAUCGGGCUCCACUUCCCUAGGACAAGAUUUUUUGGUGAGCAGAAAGGAAAGUGCUUUUUCCCAGGACCUGAUUCCCGAGGUUAGGUUUCCACGGUCGGGGAUGGCUCGCCGCAGCCUCGACCGGUGCCCUCCGCACCCGGGAGUCCGGGGCCAAAGUUUCUCCUACGUGGGGCACGAGUGAGGGGCGAGUGAGAUCACCGGAUGCGAGUUUCUCCCGGGGCGGGGGUUGGUCCUCUGUUACUCCCCUCACUUUCCUGUCCCUUUGCUCUCCCACCUCCUUUCUCUGGCCUCUGCUAUCCCCAGUCCCUCUGCUGCUGUUCCCUCCGCCGCCCCACAGUUUUAUCUUGUGUUCCGUUCCCCCCCACCCCCCGCCCUUUCACUCCAGUUUGUAGCUGGGUCUUGGAUGUCUUGGCUCCGUGCCCCUUCCGGGUCCUCGACCACUGGGCAUCCCCGGCCCCUCAACCGAUCCGCGUGUCCCCGCCCUCCCUCGCCAGCCGUAAAGCACAGCCAGGCAGGCACUGAGUAGAUGAGUUGGGGUAACCUACCCGAUGGGAACUACGGCUUUCCAGAGAGUUUGAUUGCCAGAGCGAACUUGGCUAGGAAAGGGGAGGAGCUGGGGGGCGUGGGCAGGGAGGAGGAAAGGGGCCUGAGCCAGGGCCCAGGGACAGGUUUUACCGCUGAGCUGUGUCAGUGGCGGCAACGACGGCGGGUUCGCGCCACCUGUCCAAGUGCCACCUGGUCUUCGCCGGGCUGGGGCUAAGCAAGCCCUCGGAGUGACCGUGGGUGACAGCGGCUCCAGGGACUCUUGGGGCGCAGUGGGGAAAGCGCCGGACCACCAUGCCGCGCUCAUUUCUCGUCAAAAGCAAGAAGGCUCACAGCUACCACCAGCCGCGUUCCCCGGGAUCAGACUAUUCCCUCCGUUUAGAGAAUGUACCGGCGCCCAGCCGAGCAGACAGCACUUCAAAUGCAGGCGGGGCGAAGGCGGAGUCCCGGGACCGUUUGUCCCCCGAAUCGCAGCUGACCGAAGCCCCAGACAGAGCCUCCGCAUCCCCAGACAGCUGCGAGGGCAGCGUCUGCGAACGGAGCUCGGAGUUUGAGGACUUCUGGAGGCCUCCGUCACCCUCCGCGUCUCCAGCCUCGGAGAAGUCGAUGUGCCCAUCGCUGGACGAAGCCCAGCCCUUCCCCCUGCCUUUCAAACCGUACUCAUGGAGCGGCCUGGCGGGUUCUGACCUGCGGCACCUGGUGCAGAGCUACCGACCGUGUGGGGCCCUGGAGCGCGGUGCUGGCCUGGGCCUCUUCUGUGAACCCGCCCCGGAGCCGGGCCACCCGGCCGCGCUGUACGGCCCAAAGCGGGCUGCCGGCGGCGCGGGGGCCGGGGCGCCAGGGAGCUGCAGCGCAGGGGCCGGUGCCACCGCUGGCCCUGGCCUAGGGCUCUACGGCGACUUCGGGUCCGCGGCAGCCGGGCUGUAUGAGAGGCCCACGGCAGCGGCGGGUUUGCUGUACCCCGAGCGUGGUCACGGGCUCCACGCAGACAAGGGCGCUGGCGUCAAGGUGGAGUCGGAGCUGCUGUGCACCCGCCUGCUGCUGGGCGGCGGCUCCUACAAGUGCAUCAAGUGCAGCAAGGUGUUCUCCACGCCGCACGGGCUCGAGGUGCAUGUGCGCAGGUCCCACAGCGGUACGAGACCCUUUGCCUGCGAGAUGUGCGGCAAGACCUUCGGGCACGCGGUGAGCCUGGAGCAGCACAAAGCCGUGCACUCGCAGGAACGGAGCUUUGACUGUAAGAUCUGUGGGAAGAGCUUUAAGAGGUCAUCCACACUGUCCACACACCUGCUCAUCCACUCAGACACUCGGCCCUACCCCUGUCAGUACUGUGGCAAGAGGUUCCACCAGAAGUCAGACAUGAAGAAACACACCUUCAUCCACACUGGUGAGAAGCCUCACAAGUGCCAGGUGUGCGGCAAGGCAUUCAGCCAGAGCUCCAACCUCAUCACCCACAGCCGCAAACACACAGGCUUCAAGCCCUUUGGCUGUGACCUUUGUGGGAAGGGUUUCCAGAGGAAGGUGGACCUCCGAAGGCACCGGGAGACGCAGCACGGGCUCAAAUGAGCACCCUGGCUGGCUGCAAGCAGCAGCUACACAACACUACGGAGGGCAACCUCCCUGCUUGCCACCACUCCCUUCUGACUUUCCAGACCCCAGGGGUCCUGUCUGCAGAUCCCACCAGGGUGCUCCUCCUUUGCCUUACCUCCUGGAGCUGCCAGAGGAGAUGAGGUACCUUUUCAAAGUGCAGCCGAAAGUGAGAAGCAAGCGACUCUCUAGGCUUCAGACACAAAUAGGCUCCUCUACACCUGAAGACAAAGGCAAGGUCAAAUGGGGACCAGAAUAAAUCUUAGACCCCACAGUCCCUCCCAUUUCCAGCCCUAAUCUGCAGACAGGAAUGCCCUUCAGGUUUCUUCCCUCCCCCUCUUGACCUACCCCAGAUAUUUGUGUGGAAGAGGAGGAAUCACCAUUUACAAGGUGGACAAAUGCUAAUAUUUUUAUCUAGAAAGAAGAGUGAGUGUUAACUUUUUUUUUUUUUUCUUCUGGGGAGUCUGUUGACUCUUUUCUUCUGGGUGCUGCCUAUAAAUCUUGGAGGAAUCAUUUCUCCUCCUCAAAAACUGAUUCAGAAACUGACUUGGGGAAGGAAUUUAAUACUUUGAAGUCAUGAGAUGCACCAUCAAGGCUACCCCCAAGAAGGGGCAGAAGAGAAGUUGAUGAGAGGGGAUUAGAGGUCCUCCCUUCAGGAGGCCUGUGAAAGCCUCAUCAGUGGAGAUAAAAGCACGAGCAAUGCCUGUGGACAAGAUGUCAUUCAUUCACUCAGCAAAUGUUCAUGGAUCACCGGCUACCAAAGUACCAGGCACCAUGCUAGGUUUUGGGGAAGAGAGACUGAAGUCACAACCCCUGACUGCUCCUUAAAAGCUAACGGUUGCACCUCCAAGUGGCUGGGUCUUGGAGGCAAUUCUGAGAAGACAACACAGAAUUAUAAACCUUCCCUUUUGACCCUUUUGGAUUUUAUCAGGUGUAAAAAAGAAAAGUAGCUGAACAGUUACUUCAAAGAUAUGUGUGUAUAUUCAGUUUUUUAUUGUUAAGCUGAUAUUUUAAAGAUGUCUGAGCUAGCAGGCAUGUGGGAAUGAAGGCUCUGUCUUCAACUCUUUGAUCCUCCAUGUGUACCAUAGAGGGGGGAAAAAGUGGUAUUUUCACUUUGAUGAGGUUGGUAAAUGUUUUUAGAUCUUCUGGUAUGCAUUAUGUUUGUUAAUACAUAUUUAUUAGAGUGAUGUUUUAAGUUAAUAAAGUAUUAAGACUAUUA